CCACACUACAUUUCCUCCACUCUUCCCCUUUCCUUUUUCGCGUCUCGCACGUCUCCAACUGUCCCUGCUCGCCUUAAACUUGAAGAAAUCUGAAUUACCAAUGCAGGUCCGGGUCUAAUUGACAGUUUCGUUCACGCUCCAGUGUUAAAGCUUUUGCGCCAAUCCUCUCCCCUUCCCCGUUUUCAUCGCUUUCAUAAUUGCCACCAACAUAAUGACACAGUUGCUGUGGCAACCAUGUCUCUCUUUUUCUCUCUCACUCACACACACACAAAGAAAAACACACUUUUGGAUCUCGGAGGUCUUCCGCUGAAAUGCUUUAAUUUAGCAGGCUGAAGUUUUACCCCACAGUUUUUAUAUCUGUGUCUCAACCCUGCGUGUUAGUUUUCAAAGAAAGAGCAGCAGCUUUAAAUCUGAUUGAUACUGUUUUGUCUGCAGUGGCAUUAAAAUGUAGGUCUCCAGGGUCAUUCAAUUAAAGAGGCAAAUGAAAUGGAGGGGGGUAGAGAUGAACGCCACCAGUUGAAUGGGCCUAAUGACCAUCAGCGCCGAGCAGCGCGGAGUUUAGAGUCUCAUCAGCACCAGUGUGAGCGACCAAUCACAGCGCUCCCCCACCGGCGGACCUCCGUGAGGCCAGUCGCAGUUAGGCGGUGUAACCUAUCUCGCUUGGAAAUUAUGAAGGGAACCAGCUUCAGUCGAUUCUAGAUGGAGAAAAGUUAAAUUGGGGGAUUUUUUUUAAUUCCCGGUGACGCGUCUUGUCAUUUGGAGCGCCUAUAUCACUGCGCGUCCUCCAGGGUUAUAGUUGCACUGUAACUUGUGCUGUAACAAACAGACGGAAUUUUCCGAUGUGGUGUUUUAGUUGAAUCGCUUUGUCACAUGUAUCAGAAAAUCUCAGAACAUCUCGUCUUGCUCUGACUCUCUGUCUUUCUCUGAGUCCUGCCUGCGCUUUUUUUUGUACCUCUCUCCGCCGCGAUAAUGGAUUAUCAAUAACCGGAUGGAAGAGCGAUUGAGAUCUGCAGCACAAGUGCGAAAAACAAUUUAAAACAGGUGGCAGAUCCAGCAACAGUUCAAGCUGUCCUGAUCAUCCUCUGCCACAAUAACAGGCUGCCAUCUGAGAGACGCUGAGAUACAGUGCGCAGGCUCUCGCGCUCCUCUCCAGCAUCAAACCCCAGAGCAACGCACAGCGGACACUCUGGCAUUCCAGGUUUGUCGACGUGCAAACCCGAAGAGAAUUCUGGAAAUCACGCAGAACAUUUAGAUACGCCAGAAGAACACUUUUGGAACAUUAGUCAGUGGGAGAACUGCUGUCUUUGUGUCUCUGUGUUUUUCCUGCGCUGAACUUUCCUCAGAAGGUCAGAGGAGCAUGUAACUGAAACAAGUGGAGCCCUCGGUGAUUUCAGCAUUCUGUCUCCCCCAUCUGUGCCUACAUUCUCCGCCACAGAUAGGAACGUUUUUGAUAAUUACAUAUAAUUAUAAUUUCUGUGGGAGACAGAUCUGCCUCUGUCUAUUAUUGCCAACACCUCCAACACAAUAACUUCACACAUUUACAUAUUUCUCAACAAAAGUGAUAUUCUUUGAACCUCAGAGACAAAUCAGGAAUAAUUUUACUUAGAGAGACAUGUCACAUGGAGACGCAAUGUGCCAUUCACUUCAUAUCUAAUUAGUGAUACGGCUGAAUGACACGGGUAACUUUUUGUGCCUAAAAGCUGAAUAGAGAGCAUUUAAAAAUCCGUGACGUUUGCCUCAUUUUCUAAUGUGUUUCACAGGCUGGGAGGCUUGGUUUAUGCUUACUCCUAAUUUUCAGCUGUUACAGUCUUCUAGCACUUAAGCUGAGCCUCCCUCAUUAUCACCCCCCCCCCCCGGCCCAAUCACACUAACAGUGCGUGCCAGGCGAGUACAGAUGCACAUUAAUCCAAGCGUAGAAAAGAUUGAGAUUAAGUACACGGUGUAUCUAUAGAUGUGACGAGUGCCUCGAACAAGUUAACAUGGAGAUACGUCCCUGCGCCACAGAAACUUAACGCCAUAUAUAGACAGUUUAUUAUCAGUGGUGCAGUCUGAUUUGAUUGUUUACAAUGCAGGUAAACACAUAAUUUCAACGAGAAUUACAAAUUUAAUACAUUCUUCCAGGAAGGAGUUGCUCGCAGCUUAAAUAAGUGCCAAUUCUGAAUGUAUGUUGUGCCAUCCAGGAAUGAAAAAAGCAGACAAAACUGUUUACAUUUGAUAAAACACUACAACUAGACAACUGUCCAAGUGCCAUGAUCAGCACAGGAAUGUACAGGACUGCCAUAUUUUACUGAGAAAUCCCUGCUACUAAUUUUUACUGGCCUUUGUGGUUACAAGAAAAUUAAUUCCAUCCAGCAGCACGUCAAAUAUUUGUUCUUUUGUUCAGUGCGAAGUGUAGAACAAGGCAUUAAGGACUAAAAGCAUGAAGAUUGUUGUUUUCAAUUUGUCCUUUUUACAAAUCUGCCUCCAUUUUAGUGUUCUAGACUUGAGAGGGCAAAAGAUGAAGUCAUUACGCAUGCAGAGUUGCUUUCUAGCAGCAAAUUAAAACCAUUUUAAUACCAUUAUCGACAAUUAUUGAAACCUACCAACUGUUUUUGAUAGUGUUAGUCCUUUUCAUUUGUACAGUUCCUGACCUUUUCUAAUAUUACACCAUAUAAACGCUCAGCUUCUAACAAAACAGAAAAGCAGGCUUUGAAUUUUCCUCGUCCAGCAUUGCUGAAUGAAACUACUGAUACAUCAUCAAUAUCCAGUAGGUUGUACAUGCUACUUGAAUAUUUCACAUGCCAUUUUAGUGGGUUAAACUGCAAAAGCGGAUACAGUGUUGUAACUGCAUUGACUCAACAACAGAAAAUAGAUCUCUUAGUCAUGUAAAAAUGACGCCCACCACCAAUCUCCGAGUCCUUGCUGUCUCCCUGCUCUCCCUUCUUACUGCCCCGCUCACCACUGUUGUGGAGACCUCUCCGUCCCCCCCUCCUCAGCACAUAGACCGCUCAGGGAGGCCUUUCACCGAGCAGCCCAAGAUCGGCCCUAGCCCUUCUCUCCUGCUCCUCGCCAUGCAGGCCAAUAUCAGGCCAGCUGCCCUGCAAGGCAGGACCAAAACCCCUGAGAACUUUCCAGAAACCUCAGAGGGAGUUCUGGAGGCGCCUCCAAGACCCCUUCCCCAGAUCAUGUUCCCCAAGAAUGUGACAUCAUCAGAGGCCCUUGCACCUCCCUUAGGCGCCGCCCAGGUAGCACCCAUUCGACCACGCAUGAUGGACAUAUGGAUGGAUGUAUGUCGGGGUUAUUAUGACGUAAUGGGACACUUUGACAGCGCUUUCAACUGCUCCAAGGACACCUUCGUCUUUUGCUGCGGAACCUGCCACUACCGCUUCUGCUGCCCAGAGCGAAGCCGGCAACUGGAGCAGGACAGCUGUAAAAACUAUGACUCUCCAGACUGGGCCAAGCCGCAGACAGACGCCAUGAUAUUACCGGAGGAAUUAGGUAAUGACCCAGACUUUGAUCCACUGAAGCAGCAGAGCCACAACACGGGCUUCGUCAUCGGAGGCGUGAUCGUGUUCAUGGUGGCUGUCGCCGUGGGCAUCAAGGUGGUCUUCAACAAGGUGCAACAGGAAGCCAACCAAAGGGACCUCAACAUGCCCAGAGCCCUGGUCGACAUGUUGCGGCACCAGUCGAGCCCAGUCCAGCAGGAUGAGAGGAACAACAGCGUGGCUCUGACUGUAGGGGACGGAACAGGGACACUGGGGAGACCUCCGAAAAAUCUUUACGCUCCAGGACUGCCCAGCAAGGACAACAGAUUGGGCAAUUUGCAACACAAUUUCAUCCACCCAUCAGGCACCAGCCCCAAACACACCGCAACUAUCGAACGCACCCCUCGGAUGAACAAUGCUCAGCUGGCAGCUGGAGGCACCCUGCUUUCCAGUAAGCACAACAACACCAAAUCCCAGCCUUCCUUCCACCACUCCCUGCACAACCUGGCUCAGCUGCCGCCGUCCUAUGAGAGCGCCACCAAGCCUGAGCUCAACAGAUACUCCUCGCUCAAACGCCUCGAGAAAGGUCUUGAUGAGUACUCGUCUGGUUACUGCACCACCAAGCGCCGGCCCCACACAGCCCAGCCAGCCCUUCAGUCCUCUCAGCACCACCUCCACUGGGGUGGAGACUACACCCUCAGUGGGAGAGGAACCCUUCCAAGGCAUGCAGUCCGUCCCUGGAUCCCGCCGCCGCCUUCUGGCAUGCCUGCUUCGCCCACCCCCAAUCCGUACCCUCUGGAUCCUCCGGAGCCCCAGUUCAACCCCAAUUAUGACACUCUCUCCAAGCCUGCGAGGAAAGUGAAGUCCACUGACCAGCUGCUCAACAUGGGUGAUGUCCCUGGCAACACGGGGACCCUGUCCAGGUUGUCCAAGAACCAGCAACACCAGUACUACAAAGCCAUGGCUGCCUCCAAUAAGAACUCCAACACGCAGACCCUCACCAGGAAGCCCGGGGACAGGCAGAACAGGGAGGACAGGCAGAACAGGGAGGACAGGAUGAACAGGGAGGACAGGAUGAACAGAGAGGACAGGAUGAACAGGGAGGACAGGAUGAACAGGGAGGACAGGCAGAACAGGGAGGAGAGACAGGACCGGCUGCUCAUGUCCCCAGAUCAUUUGGAGGAGAGGAUGGGUGGGAUGGGGGUCGUAGAUCCAUAUGCCCACACAGGAGGCAUUGUCCCCACGCUGCCUCGCCAGCAGAAGGCCCAGUCCCAGCAGAACGUCUGCGCCACGCCCUCUCUUGACCGACACCACAUGAUCAAGAUGAACUCUCACCCCACAUCCGGACGGGAGCAGGAGAGGAACACGGCCAUGACGGGGCACAUGAGCGGGGGCAUGGGUUGGGGCGGGGCGGGGGCAGGGGCGCCGGAGGGCCCUGGGGCAGGGGUAGUCAUGGGAACGGGAACACUAGGGGGCCACAGUGCCAGGAGGAUGGCUUUUGCAGCGAAAAGGCAGAACACCAUUGAGCAGCUACAUUUCAUACCAGGAGGGGGCGGCGGGGGGUCGGCAGGAAGUGGAGGGGGAGGAAGUCAGGGGAUCAGGACGGGGAGUAAAAAUGAGGUGACGGUGUGAGGUUUGUGCCUAAUGUAGAGUUUACCCCUCAUCAGCGGUGUGGGAAUAGAUCACCCUUCUGCAUUUAACUAUUACAUAUACAACUACAAGAAAUAAACCUAGCAGUAUCAAGUAUAGUAACGGUAUAACGUGCUUAGGCUAUUCAAAUUAGUGUUAUAUUGUAAUUAAAUAGCUUCAAUAUGAUUACUUAAUUAAAAAUCUAGGUGGGGAAUGUCUGUUCCAAUUAUGUGAUAGCCUAUAUCAGCCAUAUUUUGUAAUAAGAUUUGCCAUACUGCCAUAUACAGCGGUGCCAUUACUUGUAGAAAGACUGACUGAAAGGGUGAAACAAAACCAACAGAAGUGUCGUUGAUAAUUUUGUUUUUAUAUAUGUUUUUCAAAAAGUACUCAGGAGCCAUAUUAGAUAGGAAACGAGAUUAUAUAUAUACAUAUAUAUACAUUCAUAUAUAUGUAUAUAUUAAAUACAUAUUAGGUUGAUGAAGAGGAGGACCAUCAUGUGGAAUAUUGUAUCACAGAAUUUAACAGAGAAUCAAGCCAACUACCUGCUGAACUGUCGACCUGCUCAGCUCUCACCGACUAUGAUUUAUCAGACUGAAGCUCAUGGGGUGAGAAGCAGAUGAGUGUGAAUGAACUGCGUGUGUCUGGCGAGGGAUUUUGGAGAUCUGACACCCUCAUCCUGACACGGGGAGACAGAACUGAUUUUUGUCGCCUCCCAUGUAAAUGAGCGGACGAGGCGGGGGCUGCCUCUGACUGGGACACUGCAGCCUGACACUGUUGACAGGACUUCGCGCCCGAUUUAAACCGCGAACGCUACCACAUUAUCAAUCUGACGCCUGGGUUGCCUAGUUUUCCAUGUGACCUUAGAUCCCCAGAGGGACUCACACUCUGAUUCACACCACAGGAGUGUAAACUGAUGUUAGAGCAUGGGUGUGUUUCCCCUCUAAUGUCCCCAUCUCUAGAUCAGGACCUAACUGUAAAAAAACAAUGGGCUACCAAAUAAUAUAGAGCCAUCUGUCACGUUAUUACAGAAAAACAUCUUGACGAGUCAAGAGACGCGUGUGUUCAGUUUACCAAUAACAAAAAGAGGCAACGUGCUUUAAUGCAUGUUGUGCAUGGAGAGCAAAGGUUUUUCUACAGAGCACAAAUGAAGCGUGACGCAGAGGUUGCACUUACACAACUGUCCUUCAAAGCCAUUUAUGGAGAUACAAAGAAAAUACCACAGAGGAAGCUGGUCUGACAAUCACCGUUUUAUUAUUCUCGCCAGGUGACAAAUUAUACAAGUCAGUGAUAUUUUGUACAGUCAAAGGGAUUGGCUUCAGAGCAAGCCAAAAAAAACCCCCACCUCUGAGUCAGGAGGGAGAAGGUGACCUGAGGCCUUCUCCUGCGUGGCUCCAUACGCCGUAAGAGACUCGGAUGGUUAAGGAAGCCCUCGCCAUCCUCACGACGAAGACCUUGCUGUAUCAUAACGCACUUCAGCCAGUAUGAGUAAAAAAAAUAAAAAAAAUACAAACAAAAAAAAAAAACAGAAAAGAAAAAAAAUCAUCAAUAACAAUGCUUAUCAAUACUAAGGGCUAUCCUAUCCUAUAUACUGUAGUAUGUGAUAUCUGUGGUCCAUAUAAAAUGCUAUCUCUUUCUCUUGAUUUUGUGUUGAUAUUGUCAUGAUGUAUUAAGUAUUAAUGUGUACAAAAAACAAGAGCAAUUUAAGCACAGUUCAAAGAGAAACACAGAGACAAAAAAGAAAACUUUGCACAAAUCUAUCCCCUGAUAUUUGCACCAGAUACGGACUUUGUAUCGUGUCCUCGAGGUUUACAUUCUGUACAGUGUGACUGAUCAGUGGAGGGUGUUGUAUCGAGACAGACUGAGGAUCUUUUUCUUUUUAAUCAACAUGAAAUCAGAGAUAAUUACGCAGGCGAUCAAAGAAGAAACUGCUCGGUUUACGUUGGGCGACGUGAGAGGAUACAGAGGUGAAAUACUGCCAAACAGAAACACAGAUUUCAUUCAGACAAUCUUCCUAUACACAGUGCUAAAUGUAGUUGUUAUGAAUAUGAUGGAGUGUUAUUAUUAAUAAUUAUUAUAACUGUUAUGGUUAUUAUUAACAAUUAUCUUAUGAUGUGAUGUUCUUUUACUUGGUGGGAUUUAAGUGUUUAUUGUUUUUUAGAUAACUAGCAUUCUCAUGACUAGUUGUUUUUUUUUUUUUUGUUUUUUUUUUCAUACAUCUGGUCAUAAAUUUUUAAGAACAUUCCAGAUCUUGAUGCAUGCCAGCUCCAUUUCAUUGAGAGGCAGUUACAGUAUGCCGGGAUUUUAAGGUCAUCGACGCUUAUUAUAUGGCCAAUUCUCCAGCUGUGUGUACUGUGCCUAGACAUCGGCCUUACGACUUCUUGAUCUCAAGUGAUUACUUAGGUUUCCACUCGGGUACAAAAAUAUCUAUUGAAAAAAUCUGCAGCCUUCUAAACGUAUGUGUAGACGACAAUGUUUCAACCGCCAGUGACGGAUAGAUGUGUUCAGAACGAGUUAUUAGGAGUUAUUAGCCAGACUGGAGACGGCCUGUUGUCUCCACUGCAGCAGCCUGACCCAGAAACAUAUUAUGGGUUGUACACACAAAGCCCGUAAUGCCAUAAUGUGUGUGUGUUCGGAUGAAUGUUUGUUACAAAGGGGUGGAGGAAAGCAGAGGUCUAAUGGAAACCUGAAUGCUUUGAGUGUCUUUUUCAGGGAAAUAGGACGGAUGACAUACAGUAGUUUUAGAUUUUUUUAAUAGAGCCACAAAAGGUCUGUAGCAAAGUCUGUAAUAUCUCACAAGCCAUAUCCAUCGAAACUCAUCAUCACGAUUUUAUAAAUGGUUAAUCUAAUUUGUGCAAGUAUUGUAUUUUGUAUAGCUAGUACAAUCAGAAUAUUUUGAGUGAUCUCUUUGGCAUUAAUUUGAGGAUUCAACAAAUUAUGUGUUAGUAUUUAAUGAAUUGUACAGUGCCAAACUCAUAACAUUUUGUUGUCUUUCUAUUGCCAUAGGCCUCCUACAAGACUACAGGGGUUGUUUAUUUUUCACAACUGGGAACUAACACACGGGCAAGCGAAGCUACAGGAGCUAGUUGUGAGACAGAAAUGAAUGAAUAUGGUGUAUGUUUUUACCAUUAUGAAUUCAUUUAGAGAGAGGAUGGUUUUAAUGGCCACCUGAAAUGUGAAGCAUUACUAACGGUAAAUUGUACGAACAGGGACCGUGUCCACUAAUGAAAUUCAUGGAUUUAUUUUCAUGCCUAUAAAUUUCAAAACGACCCUUUUGUUAUUGUUCAAUGCAUUGAUCCCCUUGGAUACGACAGUGACUUACCAAGAAUUUGUAUAAUAAAGUUG